AUGGGCGUCGACAAGGAGCGCUUCACGACCCCGCUGCCGAGUCAUCUUCAUUGUGGAGUCUGCUUCGAGAUCUCCUACCCCGCCGUCAUCGUCUGCGCCCAAGAGCAUCACGUCUGCCAGCCUUGUUACACCAAGAUCGAAGAGUUGGCGUGCAAGGGCAAGUGCCCGCUCUGCCAGCAAGCGAUGAUCGAGCCUGUGCGGCCUUCGAUCCUGUUGCGGCGCGCUGUUGACGAGUACAGGGGUGUUGAGGCGUUCACUUGCCGGAACCAAGCCCGCGGCUGCUAUUGGACCGGUUCUGUUGCGGACGAACACAAUCAUGCUCUGCAGUGCGACUUCAGCUACAUCUCCUGCGCUUUCUGCAAAGCCGUCUGCAUCCGCCACAAGUUCUCCGAGCACCACAACGUCUGCCCCGAGGUCAUGAUGGUCUGCCCGCAAGGCGGUCGCCACUGUGGCGCGAUGCUGAACGGCGGGAUGCGGAAGAGGCGUGAGAUGCAAGCGCAUCUCGACAGCGAAUGCGGGAACUGGAAAUGCCGCGCUGUCGAAACUUGCGAGACUCGGACGAAGCGCGCGAAUCUCGCUCAGCAUGAGGCAGUUUGCGACGCGGGAGCUAAGCUUGUGAUUCGGCUCGAGAAGCGUCUUGUCGAGCAGCAGGCCGAGAUCAGUGCGCUCAAGAGUGUCCUUGCCCAGCACCAGGCCAAGGUCGGGGCUUUCGAACCGACGCAGCCUGCUUCCGCCGCAUCGACCAAAAAGGAGGAAUUUCUGUGCCGGUCUUUCUCUGCUGCGUUCGAGGAGUCGCUUGCUAAAAUAAAGGCAGCCAGCACGCGCAGCAAGGACUUGAACAAGCGCAAGGCCUCCUCGUCCGGCGAAUCGAGUUCCAACUCCGCCUCUUCCUCCGGCGGCAGUACCUCGGCAUCUUCCUCUCGCUCUAACAACUCUUCCUCCGCCACACCGGACGCCAAGAGGCUGCGACGCUCGAACAGCGGUUGA